UGCUGGCUGGUGAUGCCCAGACUCCGAUGGGGACGGUGAUGCUCACCGCUGCGUCUUUUUGCCUUCGAGAUCUGUUGAAGCACUUUGCCCCCGGGACCACGAAGGGCUCCCCGGUGGCCUACUCCUUGCCAGACUGGUACAUCCACCACAGCAAGCCGCCGACGGCAGACCAGAGACAGGUCCCUGCUGUGUCCAUACCCGAUUACAUGGUUUAUGAAGAGUUUAACCCCCAUCAGGCCACUGGCAACUUCGAGUCCAGAAUGGGCCCCUUCGACUUUGACAUGAAGACGGUUUGGCAAAGAGAGGCUGAGGAACUUGAAAAGGAGAGAAAAAAGGUGAGGCUGCCAGCCAUCAAGUCUAAGUAUCCAAGCAAAGUGGGGACCCCUCUUGGCCACAGAGACCCUGCAGGAAGCAAACUGUCCUUUCCACCCAUACCUGGUCAAAGACCCAGUUCACCUACAAACUUUUCCAAACUGAUUAGCAAUGGAUAUAAGGAUGAGUGGUUACAGCAGCAAGCGGACUCAGAUAAGAGGACCCCACAGACUCCUCGAUCCUCUGUCUCAUCUCCAUCACCACUGGAAGCUGAGCCGCCCCCAGACCCAGAGGCUCCCAGAGGCGCCAGGGAAGCCCCAGAGUCUUCUCCUCCGAGUUCAGCACCACCUCCACCCAACUCAACGCCCGUGGAGCUCAAAUAAACGCGGAUGUAAAGGGCAUCCUGGAUCUAUGUUAUGGCUACAGUCACAAGUCCCCUGUUACAGUUUUUUAACAGAUUCUUACAGUGAUCGUCUUAGAACAGAUGUGACCUCCCUGCUGCCUGGGGGUGCUGGCGUCGGUUUUGUUUCUUGCAUCUCUCUGGGAUGGUGGGCGAGUGGCCUUUGCCCUGCUGCACCUUGCUGGCCUAGGAUGUCAGGGCUGCUUCCUCUGCAUCCGCAGUAGAUAUCACGUCACCUCCUUCUGUGUGAGCCUCUGUGGAUCCCACUUCUACUGAAAUCUGAAAUCGACGGUUUAGAUGCUUAACUGGAAAAAACUCACCCAAAAGCUUUUUUACUGUUUUGGUCCUGAAAUUUUUGUAGAAAUAAUUUUUCUGUUACAAAAGAGCAUUUAAUUCCAGAAUAUUGUGAUACAGUUUAUAUUAAGAAAAAGAUUGAUUUGUUAUACCUUGAAUUUUUAAACAUUUAAUAUAAAAACAUUGCAGCAUUUUCUAAGUUUUAAAUAUUUGACAAUAUUUUUUGCAUAAACCGAAAUUCAUAAUAGUGAACAUUUAUUGUUUUGCAUUAAGUAAAAAUGUUUAAAUACUUAAUUUAGUAGUCUUAACAAAAAUGUUUUACUACAGAGACAGUUCUCUCAUUUUAUAAAUUUCAUUGCCACUUAUAUGUAAGUAAGCAUAAAAUGUAGUUUUAUAUUUUGUGCAUUUAAUUCAUUAAUAAAAUGAAAAUUUUCUGCUGGAAGAUUUUCAGGCAGCCAAGUAAAGUCAGAGCUAUUUUAGCUUCUUUCCCAAAAUAAACUUAUCAUGUACUUGCUCACCUCAA